AUGGUUAUGAUGAGGAAUAAACAUGACUGCUUGUUUUUCUUCUCUGCAACAGGACUGGCUUUCCUGCUGCACGCGCAGCUAGGAUCCUCCUAUCUCCUGUCAUGUUACUUCACCAACUGGGGUCAGUACAGGCCUGGAGCUGGAAAGUACUUCCCCAAAGAUGUUGACCCCUGCCUUUGUGACCACCUGAUCUAUGCCUUCGCCACCAUGAGCAACAACCAGAUCAAGAGCUUUGAGUGGGACGACGAGAAACUCUACGCUCAGUUCCAGGCCCUCAAGAACCAGAACAGCGAACUGAAGACCCUCCUGGCCAUCGGUGGAUGGAACAUGGGAACCCCUAAGUUCUCUGCUAUGGUGUCUACUAGUGGUAACCGUCAGACCUUCAUCACCUCCGUGAUCAAGUUCCUGAGGCAGUACGAGUUUGACGGUCUGGACAUCGACUGGGAGUAUCCUGGAUCCAGAGGCAGCCCUGCCAUCGACAAGACUCUCUACACCACCCUCGCCCAGGAGCUGCUGUCUGCCUUCGAGGCUGAGGCCACCAAGACCAACCGCCCUCGCCUGAUGCUCACCGCCGCCGUCUCCGCCGGAAAGGGCACCAUCGACUCUGGAUACCAGAUCGCUGAGCUCGGCAAGAUCCUGGACUACUUCCAUGUCAUGACCUACGACUUCCAUGGCUCCUGGGAGCACGUCACCGGUGAGAACAGCCCCCUGUACAAGGGACCCAGCGACCAGGGAGACCUCAUCUACUUCAACAUGGACUACGCCAUGAACUACUGGAAGAGCCAGGGUGCUCCUGCUGAGAAGCUGCUGGUUGGUUUCGGUACCUACGGACACACCUUCAGACUGGCCAGCGCCUCCAACACCGGUGUUGGUGCCACCGCUAACGGACCCGGACCCGCCGGACCCUUCACCAGGCAGGCCGGAUUCUGGGCCUACUACGAGAUCUGCACCUUCCUGAAGCAAGGAGCCACUCAAGCCUGGGACGCCAUCCAGAUGGUCCCCUACGCCUUCAACAAGCAGCUCACCUGGGUCGGCUACGACAAUGUCAAGAGCUUCCAGAUUAAGAUUGACUGGCUGAAGAAGAGCCAGUUUGGUGGAGCCAUGGUGUGGAGCUUGGACCUGGACGACUUCAGCGGCACCUUCUGCGGCCAGGGCAGAUACCCCCUGAUCAACACCAUCAAGAGCGGCCUGGGAACCGGAGCCAACUGCGCCUCCCGCACCAAGCCUCUGGCCCCCGUGACCCCCACUGCCCACGCUCCCCCUCAGCCUCAGCCUGGUGGUGGCGGUAGCAGCAGCGGUGGCGGUAGCAGCAGCAGCGGCGGCGGUAGCAGCAGCGGUGGAAGCGGUUUCUGCGCCGGCAAGGCCAACGGCAUGUACCCCGACCCCACCAACAAGGGCACCUUCUACGAGUGCGCCGGCGGCAGGACCUACACCCAGCACUGCGCCAGCGGCCUGGUGUUCGACACCGCCUGCUCCUGCUGCAACUGGGCGAGCGGCCUGGUGUUCGGUGGAAGCAGCAGCGGAGCUGGAAGCAGUGGAGGUGGAAGCAGCAGCGGCGGCGCCAGCAGCAGCAGCGGAGGUGGAAGCAGCAGCGGAACUGGAAGCAGUGGUGGUGGAAGCAGCAGAGGUGAUGGAAACAGCAGAGGUGGUGGAAGAAGCGGUGGUGGUGGAAGCAACAGCGGCGGCGGCAGCAGCGGUGGCAGCAGCGGAGGUGGAAGCAACAGCGGACAUGGAAACAGCAGCGGAGCUGGAAGCAGCAGUGGAGGUGGUAGAAGCACUGGAGGUGGAGUCAGCAUGAGCGGCAGCAGGAGGGCAUAG